AAUGUAGCAGAAUCAGAGUUAUACAAAAAUCAAAUGUCUAUUCAAAGGAUAUGCAGGUAAAGUAUACCUGAUUGAAAGAAGAUCAGAAAAUGAUCCACCAAAUAAGAAACACACUCCUUUAGUGUUGAAAAGAUAUUACAGAAAAGUAUUUAUUAAUUCUAAUCUUAUAUAGCCAUAAGACCCUUAGGAUCAUACUUAGUUAAAUGAAUAUAAGUUUUUGAAUACGUUACAUCAUCCCAAUAUUGUAAAUUUCAUCGAUGCUUUCACAGAAAAAUUUGAAUACAAAAAAUACUUGUGUUUAACGAUGGAAUAAAUGGCACCACUUCAUGAACUAUUAUUCUCUAUUAAUGAUUACCAACUCUAUAUCUUCAGAGAGCUAUGUUAAGCUUUGAAUUAUUUACAUUAAUAAAAUAUCCUUCAUAGAGAUAUAAAACCUAGCAAUGUCUUUGUAACAUCAGAAGGAUAAGUUAAAUUAGGAGAUUUUGGUAUUUCAACAUAGAUAAGAAAUUUUAUGACUCCUCAAACUUGCACUAAGAAUUAUAGGGCACCAGAAUUAUUCUUUGGAUUAAAAGAAUAUGAUGCAUCAAUUGAUAUAUGGUCCCUUGGUUGUACAUUAGUAGAAUUAUUUACAGGAAAAAUUUUAUUUGAUGGUAGAUCAGAAAUUGAGAUUAUGUCAUAAAUAGCUGAACUUUUGGGAAGUUUGAAUGUAAAAAAAAGAUUGUAUUUUAUAUAUUAGGAUUCAAAUUGGGAAGGAGUUUCAUUAUUACCUAUGUAUUUGGAAUUUAUUAAUGAUAAGUAACCAAAAUUACCUAAAGUCUUGUCUACAUUGCCUAAAAAUUUACAGCCUUUGGUUUACAAUAUGCUAAGAAUGAAUCCAAAAGAAAGACCAAAUAUUAAAUAGGUUUUAUAACAUUUGAAUGAAAUGAACAUUAAUGAUUGCUCAAUACAAUUAGCGAGUAUUGCUCAGAAUGCUAUGAGUGCGAGUAAUAAAAUUAAAUUUCAAUAAGGGAUAUGA